AUGGCCUGGACUCCACCACAGCUCAGGAAAAAAUAUAACAAUAUGUCACCACUCACGGCCACAACAUUACGAGAAUGGGACAGAUUUCAUAAAGAACAGGGAUUCGAUAGGGAGCUCUCCCCAGUCUUCCUCCUGGAUUCCUUUUAUGGACUAAUACCCUCAUUAAACAUGGCGUCCUGGAGCAGUAGGGGUCUGAUAUACUUACAUCAGUUGUUUGAUCAGGGAGAGGUCAUCCCCUUCAGACAACUGCAAAAUACAUACCACUUACCCAACGCAGCAGCAUUUGCGCACAGACAGAUACACUCAUGGUUGCAGAAAAAUAAAAAGGUACUUCCUGCAGGAGACAGAUGGGGCACUUUCACUGAAUUAGAAAGCCUUUGCACACAAACGAAAAGACCACUUAAGCUAAUCUCCACACUGUACAAUCACCAUCAUCGAGCACUAGACCCACAUACAUUACAGUUUGUAAAAGCAUGGGAAGCGGAACUAGGAAGACAGUUAACAAAAGAGCAGUGGUCGCAUAUACUGUAUGAGAAUAAGAAACUCACACUCAGCACAGCCCAUCUAGAACUAGCCAGGAAAGUAUUAUACCGCUGGUAUUUAGUACCAACCCGUCUAAAACAUAUGAUACCUAAGAGUACAGGACUGUGCUGGAGAUGCAACAAAGCCCAGGGCACCAUGCUACACAUAUGGUGGGACUGCCUGGUCCUGACACCACUGUGGACGGACACACAGGCUCUAAUUAAAAAUACUACAGGUGUAGCUCUCGCACAUACUCCUGAGCAUUUUCUUCUACAGUAUAUGCCUCCACACCACACAAAAACAUCUCGAUAUUUAAUGUAUCACAUUAUCUUGGCAGUUCUGCUGCAGAUCAGCAAACACUGGCAAAAGCAGACGACCCCCAGCAUACAGAGCUGCAUAACACACAUUGAAACCAUAAAGGGGUACGAGAUAAUGGCCAGAUCCAAUAAUCCACCACAAAAAUUAUGGAAGAAGGCGUGGGAAAAAUGGGACACAUAUCAACAAAAAACGGUGAAACCUUAA